AUGGCGGAAGAUAAUCUUGAAGAUCCGGAUCCAAUCCUGAAAUCCUACGAUAUCUAUAUCAAACCUGGUAUGCACCAAGAGCGCGAGAUCUAUGUCCUCCAAUUCCCGAAUCGCAGCCAUAGGCUACCCUACCUUGCGCGACUCGACUCACAACCUCAGAAACUUAGAACCAAACCCAAUUCUGGCAUGGUGGAAAUUGAUGUGCCUGUGGAUACAUGGAACUUUUACGACCGGCUGAAGGGCAUUCAAUGGGGAGAAGCGUUGAAAGAAAGCAAUGCUACGAAGGGGAAAGGAAGCCAUGGUCUACCUGGAGGUUUUGGUAUUGGAGGGGUACAGGCGAGAGGAAAAGGUCGAGGGAAGUCUGAUGAGGAAGAAAACUUGGGUCACCUGAAUACCUUAAGUGAUUUUGCUGGGGCUCUUGAGCGGGAUCAGGUUCUAAAGAAACAGACUUUGGGGGGCCAGGUGGUUACGAAGAACGAGAGCAAUCCUACCUAUAUGAUCGGGACCUUUCGAAAGAAUCAAUUGCAUCUCACACCUGUAGACCGGAUAGCUCAAAUGCGACCUCAAUUCCACCACAUAGACGCGUUGUCUGAACACAAAAGAAUGAACGCCGUUCGUGAGACGCCUGCGCAAACUUCGGCCGCUCGAGCUAUCCAUAUGUCAGUUAAAUCAGGUGUUGAUGGCGAGGAAGAUAGCAACGACACAAUGGCGCGACGAAUUGCGGCUACUCAAGCAGAAAAUUGGAAGCAUCAUCGCUAUGUUGACGAAGACACUGAUGAAGCAUGGGCGAUAUACCAAGAGAACUUCUUUGUUGGUGGUGAUGUGGGUGUUCACCUCGAAGCAAAUGAUGAGAUGUUACAAAAGCUUCCGAAGCUGGCGACGAGUCUUGACGAUACCGAAUAUCUGGAUACAAUCAGCGCCCCAGGCGAUGAAGCGAAGCUGUCAAGAAGUAAAGAGAAUAAAAAGGGUAAAGGGAAAGGGAAAGAGACGGCAAUGGAUGACGAUAGCAGCGAGGAAUCAGAUAUAGAGCCAGCAGUCGAUAAAGGUAAAGGAAAGGAUAUUUCAAUGUCAGGGACAUAA